AUUUUACGCACCAGAUGCUUCAGUCAGUGGAAACCGGUCCGUUUUCAGCUCGCGGGACUUUCACGGAGGAUUUCGUUACCUGUCAUCUGAUUCUCCAGAGCAGCGCGAGGGGACGACCAGCUCGGAACCAGCACAGACUCCUGUUCAAGUCUGCGGGGGAUUUCUGUUGCGCAAAGAAAGCCAGAAGUUAAGACAUCAUGAGUGAGCGGUUCGACUGCAAAAACUGCAACGAGUCCCUGGGGGGACGCAAAUACAUCCAGGUGGAGGACAACCCUCACUGCAUCCCCUGCUACGACCGCCUGUACGCCAACACCUGCGAGGAAUGUAAAGAGAUCAUCGGCCAUAAUGCCAAGGAACUCUUCUACGAGAACAGACACUACCACGAUCACUGUUUCCGCUGUUUCCGCUGCGACCGCUCUCUGGCAGACGAGCCCUUCACCAGCCAGGAGGACGCGCUGGUGUGCAGCGACUGCUACUGCAACGAGUUCUCCUCCAAGUGUGUGUCCUGUGACAAGACGGUCAUGCCAGGAUCGAGGAUGCUGGAGUACGGGGGCUCCACGUGGCACGAGGACUGCUUCGUCUGUCACGGCUGUUUGAAGCCGAUGGGUGCCGAGGCCUUCAUCCCAGACAACGACAACUACUACUGUGUGCCGUGCUACGAGGGCAGGGUCGCUCCUCAGUGCAGCCACUGCAAAAAGCCUCUGACUAAAGGAGGCGUGACCUACAAGGACGAGGUGUGGCACAAAGAGUGCUUCCUCUGCACGGGCUGCAAGGCGCCGCUGGCUGGCCAACCCUUCACCUCGCAGGGGGAGAGCCCGUACUGCGUCAAGUGUUUCAGCAGCCUCUACGCCAAAAAGUGCGCUGGCUGCAAUACGGCCAUCACAGGUUUUGGCGAUGGGAAGUACGUGUCUUUUGAGGAGCGGCAGUGGCACCAGCCGUGCUUUAAGUGUUCGCGCUGCUCGGUGUCGCUGGUGGGCUCCGGCUUCUUCCCGGACCGCGACCAGAUCCUGUGUACGGACUGCAACAGCGAUGACUGAGCGCCACCAACCACGCCGGCUACCCCUGCAACGCGUGUCCCGCCUCAGCGGGGGGGGCACACACACUCUGCAACACAAGCGUCCCGCGCUCACAGUGUGAAGCUGAUGCAAAGCUCACCAUUUACAUCCCCAAUCUCUCCCAGCAGCACAUUCAAAUGUUUGUAUGCUUCUGCAGAAAUAUCUUGUGAUGUAUGUGCUCAACCUGUUUUUGUUUUUUUUUGUUAACGCUUUGCACACCAAAGACUAAACGAAAUAUACAACCAAUUGUAUAUUUAUCUGAACUUUCUUUCAUGACUGCUAGACAGAACCAAAGUUUGAAUGCUAUAACCAACGCUUGGCAAAUGUAUUGCUACUUUUUAAAGAAUAUUCCAGUUUAUAUAAAGCUGCCCUUCUUCUUCUCCCACUACUUGUAUGUAAACUAAUUUGGUGAGAAUGUAUUGUAUAUUUAGUUUUCUUUUCAGCUUAAACUUGUUUUUGCUAGCGUACAUACAAUAAUAAUAAUACAUGCAAUAAAAAAGAGCAGUGUAUAAAUGAA